CAAGGUUUACUGAUUCGAGAAAGGUAAAUAGCGAGAUUAUAGCUCCAUAACAGCAUUAUUCCUCGUCAGAAUGUACAAAGACCUAAGCAAACAAUUGCAGUACAUGCUAUUCAGGCAAAAACUAUGGAGUGCUGUUUUCACAUAAUAGUCGUUGUUUACAGAGUGUCUGGUUGAAUAUCCAGCCUAUUGUGUCGACAGAAAAAAGACCCUCUCCCUAGAGGACAGCUGUUUUGAGACAGAAUUAAUUAAAUAUGAAUGAGAAUCUAACACAGGUCUCUUAGAUACUAAGUGUUUGCGACUUGAGGGUGGCUCGUUAAAAUGGCCACAGCAUUGCAUCUUCCAGCGAUUUCCCAAGCGCCGGUGGCGAAAGAAUUUCCUAAAGUUUGGGAGCACAGGAAGGAUUUAUCUCACUGGGCGAAGAGAGAUGUUCCUUCUCUGAAACUAGCAGGCCAACUAGACACAGAUCACUGGGCCAAGCUUAAGGGAAAGCAUGUUGAUUUUGUUAAUCGCAUGUCGUACGGUUUCCCACCAAACGAAUCCAUGAAUGGACGUUCCCAGAAUGUACCGGACCUGCAGUCAAGUGCGUUUCAGAGAUAUUACUACGAUCAAAGCAGGCAUAGAGAGGACCUGUUGAAAAAAACCUACACCAUGUAUUACCAAGGCAAAGCAAUGGACAAAGACUCCUCAACCAGAGUUGCUGCGCCCACAACCAAGCUACAGCGGCCACAAGUUCAAAGACGUCCAUCCGUUUACAAUCAACGCGCUAAAGAAGGUUUUAAGUUUUGGCUGGAAAGAGAUCCAAUGGUCAAACGAAUUGCAUUCUGCUCAAAGUAUACAUUUGGCUCAAAGAGUACGUUUCAUGGACUGGGGAACGCUCCAAGAAAUUGACUGAGUCUCAGGGAGAAUUAAAGGGAAUAACGUACGUUAAUAAAAGCUGCUGAUAAUUCCUUUUAGAUAAUCUUUCUGUAAAAAUCGCUAACGUUUGUACGAAAAGUUACAACAAAUUUCCAAAACUAUUGGAUACGUUGUUCAACCAAUUUCUUAAUGAACACAAAAAGUAAUAUGCGAAGAAGAAUCGGUUUUAUCUGGGGUCUGAAAAUAUUUACUGACGAAAUGAGGUUUUAAAAGCAUAUAUUGAAUGGGGACUGCGAGAAAUAAUUAAACUAAUCUUUGCAGUGAGUAUGAAAUUGAAGCUAUCGAUUUUUUGGCCUUAAUGAAAGAAAAAAAGAAACUGAAAGGAAUACAAUUUUCGUUGCAGCCUUUGAGAUUUCAAGUUUUUCAGGGUAAAAAAACAAUACACACGCAGAAGAUGAUUUCACUCAUUUCAGGACAAUUUUAUAUGUGAUGUAUAAAGAUGAUGGGAUGGCUUAAUAUUUGUUGUUGACUUCGGUAACAGUGUUUUUCUCGCAUGAUCAGUCAGACGCUAGGACACAGUCGUAUAUUACUCGGUCAAACCACAAUACAGACUGUAAUAGAGGAGACUGGUUAUGAAGCCCGGAAAACAUCAAAGGAGCAAACAAAGAUGCAAAGAUUGAUGUUGAAAGGUCCACGACCAUGCAUAAUCUUUUGUUUUGCGUUCAUACACUAUGCAUGAAUUACUAUGAUAACCAACAC